UGCUGAGUAUCGCCGAGACUCGAAUUAGCUUCCCGUCCAAUCCAAACCGUCCUUGGCAUCUUACUGCAAUGCGCUCAUACGAGUUGACCGGGGCUUACUCAGAUACAACAGAGCGGCGUAGGAACGACCAAAUACAUACACGGGUAUAUUCCUCUUACUCCACAUAGAAUAUUAUAUCCAACUACCAGAUUCGUUCCAGCUUGUAAGACUGAUGGCUAUAAAGCUAUGCCGUCUCACCUCGCUCGCCCUCCUAGAAAGACUGAACUUCAAUAAACGCUGACGGCAUAUAUUUCGAUUCGAUCUCCUUUGAAUUGUUUUUUUACUCAUUUCCUCUUUAUAUCCGCUGUAUAUUUUAGUAUUGGAAUUCUCGCUUUCGCUAACCUGUCUACCUGGUCCUGCACAAGACCGGACUCACUCGGAUAUCCCCAUCGGCCCCUCUCCAUCUUCCAUCUUCCAUCUUGUUAAAUAAGCAAUGUCUUACCCGAGUAACGCGAACAUGAUUGUUGAUCAUGACCUUCGCAACGCCCUAAUCAGAGCCAAUAUAGCCCUGCUUCAACGAGAGGUCCGCGAGAAAAAGGACUGGUAUACUAGUCGUCGUGUCGUAGUCCGGAAGCGCAACGGCCGCAUCCACCUUUCACGGCUUGGCUCGCGGAAACAGACCGAGUACACUCCGGUAGAAUUCGAGGAGGAUCCCCAAGAUAGCAGCUUCACGCUCAUCGACGAGACGUUGUCCUCGCGGUCAGCGAGCUUCAGCUCCAACUACUAACUCCUUCCGCGCCCCUCCCCUGCGCAAUGGCGCCAGAUGCUAUCGCCAAGUCCCGACCCGCGCCGCAACAAUGGCUCAUGGGUGCGGAGGCUUUCGAGCGUCACAUGCCGCAUCAUGAUGGAA